CCCACACACGCGCGUCACGGCUGUGCAGGUUGCGUCAGACUCCCUCCCCUCUGUCUGUGUGUGUCGGUCGGGGCUCGCGCUGUGUGUGAUUAGUCGCCAUGGCGGCCGCUCCCGGUUUCAGCAGCUCACACGGCGCCUCGGCUCCAGCCUAAUGUGUGAGCGGGACACGUCCUCCUCCCCGGGGCUCCGGGCGCUGCUCGGCCGCCUCCUGCACGGCCUGCUCCCCUACCGCCUGCUCCAGCUGCUGGGAGCGGCCCUGUCCUACCUGGUCGGACCGUGGGGGGACGCCAUCCUCUCCUUCCUCAACCCUGACUACGUGCUGUCCGCGCCGGGGGAGGAGGCCGGCUUCCAGGACAUGAUGGAGGUCCUGUUCAGCCCAGGCCCCGGCGGCAUGGUGUCCUGGGUGGAGGGUAAGGGGCUGGAGGCAGACUCCCUGUGCGAGUUCCCCUCUCAGGGUGACCACUGUCUGCAGAUACAGUACUCCCCGGAGAAUGGGUUCUGGUUCCUGCAGCAGAACCGGGCCUGGGAAGACCUCAGCCCGAACAAGAACCGGGCCUGGGAAGACCUCAGCCCGAACAAGAACCGGGCCUGGGAAGACCUCAGCCCGAACAAGAACCGGGCCUGGGAAGACCUCAGCCCGAACAAGAACCGGGCCUGGGAAGACCUCAGCCCGAACAAGAACCGGGCCUGGGAAGACCUCAGCCCGAACAAGAACCGGGCCUGGGAAGACCUCAGCCCGAACUGGCCCCAGGACCUGCUCAAAGAGUACAACCAGGUGAGCCCAACACUGCACGUGUCUAUAGGGGACAUCAUUCUAGAUUUGACCCAGGACCUGCAAACAGCUGAAGAAACAAUCACCGGUCUGCAUGAGAAGCCCCACAAGGAGAUGGCCGAAACGUGCCAGCUGGCUGCAGAUGUUCUCAGCCAUACUGAGAACUUAGGAGGUGACCAGGAGCUAAAACUAGGCCAGCAGCUGUCUAUCCCAUUAGACAGCCAGGAGCCUGCAGGAUGUCCAUUAAAUAAUGAUGACCUUAGCCCAGAUCAAGGCUACAGCAGUUUAGAAGAUUGGAAAUACUCAGAUCUUGUUUGUACUUCAAACAAGGUGCAAGCUGGCAUGCUAGAGGUCUGUGUGCCUGAUGGGGAUCAAGUGGCUUGCAAUGUGCCAACAGAGCUACAGAACCUUAGUACAAAUGGAAUCAUUGAGUCGUGUCAGCAGGAUAGUGAUGAGUCUGACUCAGACCUUGAAGAGGAUGUACCAAUGUCCCAUCCAGUGUGUAACAAUAAAUAUAUUGGGUAUAUUUUGGGCACUGUAGUCAGCGAUGAGGAAAGUGAGGACUUGAGUUCUUGCUCAGAUGAGGAAAACUCAGCUGAUGAUGAUGGGUUUGACAGUGAAGGGUCUGUGUCAGAUACUGACAGUGGGGCUGAAGAUACAGAAGGAGUAGAACUUUGGAAUUCAUUUUAUACAGAAGAUCCUUAUAAUCCUCAAAACUUCAGUGCAGUACAGCAUACAGGUACACCUGCUGAAGAAAUUUCACAUGUAGCUCAGGAGCAUGAGGAUGUCCCAUCAGAUGAAGAGUCAUGGUGUGAUAGUGAUGCUCUCUCCACUAGUGAUAGUGAAGAUGAAUGCUGUGUAGAUGAGGAGGAAAACCUUAAACUUUGGAACUAUUUCAAUAAGUCUGAUGACCCAUAUAACCCUCUAUGUUUUAAGGCAUCAGUUCAUUCAGCUGAUGUUAAAAGACAUCAAAGAGAUGGAACCAGCAAAAAUAAAAAUUGUAUUUCGGAAAGCAUCCAAAACUGCAAAUUAUCUACUACUUGUUCCAAAGAAGAACUGCCACGGUUUAAUAAGAAACUUAUCCCGCCUGUGGAGAAUAGUUGUGCCAUUUUUUCAAAGAAAAAGGUGACCUUCCAUGAUGAAGUCACUGUGUACAAUGUAUGUAAUGAAGAGGAUCGGAAAGGUCCCUGGGAGGAGUAUGCAAGGGAUCGCUGCCGAUUCCAACGUCGGAUACAUGAAACGGAAGUUGCAAUUGGACAUUGCUUGACCACUGAUCACAGACAAAGGAUUUGGGACUGUAUGAGAGAGAGGUGGGACAGCUAGCACCCCCUAAUCAUCACACUAGGUGCAGAAGUUUUUUUUUGUUGUUUUUUUCUUCCAAUUUUCUUUUUUAAUUUUUUCCCUUUUCAAGUCUAUUUGACUGCUCUCUCAAAAUUUGGUGAACAGGAGGGAGAAAACCCAUUUCUCAAUUGUGCUAGAGGUCGUUUAUUCUUUCUUCUAAAAGAAGCACCUUAAUGAAAUUUUUACGUUAAAAACAUGGACUUUUCAAUAAUUUCUUCUAAUUUAUUUUCUUUUGCAGUGGACUGUCUAAGUAUUCACUUUCCUUCUCUAAAUUGGUAGACUUUAAAACCUGCAUUAUUAUUUUUU